CAAAUUGCGCUCGACAGUUAACACCACUCGGCUCCACACGGUACCAGGCAGGGCGGGUCCACGCGUUUGCUGCAGCAGUGCAGAACUGUAAUCUGAGUAAAUCAGCAAUCAAGAUGAUGGCAGCCAAAUUUAUUUACGUCCCUCUUCUCUCCGUGCUGCUGCAUGCUGUCCUGAUCACAAGCGCUGAGUUUCCUUUCCGGAAUGUCUCCUUGUCCUGGGAGGAGCGUCUUGACGACCUCAUCCCAAGACUCUACCUGGAUGAGAUCGCAUCCCAGAUGACCCGAGCAGGCUACAAGAGCAACGCUCCAACGCUACCGAUUGCACGACUCGGUAUCGGCCCGUAUAACUGGGUCACUGAAUGCCUACGUGGUGACGUCGAUUCGGGCAAUGCAACAUCAUUUGCAAUGCCAAUCGGUAUGGCUGCAUCAUUUAGUGUUGAUCUACUCACUGAUGUUGGUACAGCUACGAGUGUAGAAGUCCGUGCGAAGUAUAACAACUACACGAGCCACGGGAUAUACAAGGAUUUUGGAGGACUGAGCUGCUUCAGUCCUGUCAUCAACAUCGUGAGACAUCCUCUCUGGGGAAGAAUUCAGGAAACCUAUGGUGAGGAUCCUUUCAUUACGGGAGAGUUGGCCAAGGCAUAUGUGGCUGGUCUACAUGGAGACGAUGCACGCUAUGUCCGUACCAGCUCAGGCUGCAAACACAUCUUUGCCUACGAUGGACCUGAGGAUAUCCCAUCUUCUCGAUUCUCAUUUAAUUCAGUUGUGAAUGAGGCAGACAUGCAGAUGACCUACCUACCAAUGUUCCAUGAAUGUGUCAAGGCGGGAACCUUCAACUUAGUAUGCAGCUAUAAUAGCAUUAAUGGUAUUCCCGCCUGCGCCAGCAAGAAGUAUUUGACUGACGUCGUCCGCAAUCAGUGGGGCUUCAAAGGUUACGUCUCCAGCGACGAUCAAGCACUAGAGUUCCUUCACACUGCUCAUGACUACACCACGGGCCCGCUAGACUCGACCGUAGCGGCCGUCCAGGCUGGUUGCAACCUGGAGCUGACAGGGGCCAAGGUGCCCGUCUACACACACCUGACCCAGGCCGUGCAACUUGGCCUGAUCAGCAUGGAGCAGAUGACCACUCUAGUCCGGCCGCUCUUCUACACCAGGAUGAGGCUUGGGUUGUUUGACCCCCCAGAGAUGAACCCUUACACCAAGCUGAACGUGGACGAUGUGGUGGAGAGCACCGCGCAUCAAGAGCUGGCUGUGUCGGUAGCUGCCAGGACGUUUGUCUUGCUUAAGCACAUCGGGAAAAUCCUGCCGGUGGGCAAGAUUGGAACUGUGGCUGUUGUCGGCCCUAUGGCAGACUCGCCCUACGAUCCGUUCGGAGACUACCCACCAGGCACUUCGCGUGAAUACAUCACUACAGCCAGGGAGGGCUUGAUGAAGAUUGCAUACAAAGUGAAAUACGCUGGCGGCUGCGAUGACCCCAAGUGUGACAAGUACAAUCGGAAUGACGUCAUCAAUGCUGUCACUGAUGUGGACUUUGUCGUGGUGUGCUUGGGCACAGGCACAUCAGUAGAGAGCGAGUCUCGAGACCGCCCAUCAAUGGACCUGCCAGGUUCUCAGCUACAGCUCCUACAAGAUGCUGUCAAAUAUGCCAAGGGUCGACCAGUGGUUCUACUCCUCUUUAACGCCGGACCGUUGAACGUCACCUGGGCUGAUGAAAGUCCCGACGUUCACGCCAUUGUGGAGUGUUGGCUCCCUGCUCAGGCAGCAGGCUUGGCUGUCGCUCGUUUUAUGACCAAUGGCCCGGAUGGCAAUCCUGCAGGAAGGCUACCGUUCACAUGGCCGGCUUCUAUGGAUGAUGUGCCUCCAAUGACCAACUACAGUUUCUUCAAUCGUAGUUAUCGUUACUUUACCGGCACCCCCUUCUACCCAUUCGGUUACGGUCUGUCCUUCACUGAGUUCACUUACGACAAGGUCGUGGUGUCCAACCCUCUUCUCAAACCCUGUGAUGAUAUGCACGUCAGUGUGACCUUGACCAAUGUUGGCAACUAUGCCGGGGAUGAGGUGAUUCAGGUCUAUAUCGGCUGGCCAGGUGCAGUCUACCCGGUACCCAAACUCCAACUAGGAGCAUUCCUCCGUGUGCAGACAACCCCUCAGAACCAGAUUACCAACUACCUGACCGUUCCAGCCCGUGUGAGGGCGGUCUACAACGGACAGGCGGACACCCUGAUAGUCCAGCCGGGCAAGUUCUAUCUCUAUGCCGGUGGUCAGCAGCCUGGGCAGAAGAGACGCAUAAGCUCCAAUGUCCUGACAUCUGCUUUCACCGUUGUGGGUUCGAUGACAAAACUGUCAGACUGCCCUCCAUAGUUAAUAGGUGACAGGCACAAAUGUAGGAGGUACUGGUGGGGGGUAACCCUAUUCCUCUAAAGGAACAUUCCUCUUAAUUUAUCACUGUAAUUAUUGAUCAACAAGAAGUAAGAGAAAAAAAGAUGAGUGUUAGUUCGUGAAACCAAAAGAGCUGCGAAACUAUAAAUUUCUGUUUUCACGAAGUAGUACGCUUCAAUGUAUUACAACACUAGGUUAGUGUUACUUCGUGGAAACGGAGGUCAGCGUGCGCACGCUCGAACAAGAAGAGUGUUACUUCGUGAAAAUGUUUUUGCUCGCAUUUGAGAAGAGUGCGCGCCAUGCAUUAUUAUGGUAAAUGGAACUUGAGUGUUACUUCAUGAAAUUGAAAAUUGUCACUUUCGCGCAAAAGUUGUCAUGGAUGAUUAGCGUAAUUAUUAAAGUAAAGCUCUUGAAGCUUUGAAACUUCGUGCGAUGGUCAGUGAUGGUAGGCCUUGAUGAAUAAUGUUUAAAAGUGUAAAAAACUGAAAACCGAAACAAAUAUGGUUCAACACGUGGAGUGUUACUUUGUGGUGUCGGUGACGAUGUAACAAACUAGCAGUAUAACGUUGUGUAUUUAGCAUGCUGCAGAGUACUCAUCAGAAUUAAGUGCAAGGAAUAUCUGAAAUUCCGUUGUGAAAUUCCAUUUUGAAAAUCUUUUUUGAAAUAUGUUCACGUUAUGACUUUGUACGUGCCAUGUUAUCAGUACUAGCAGACUAGUAUCAACGCAAUCAAGACUCAAUGUUUUCUAUCAUCCUGACAUAUAUCACUGUACAGUAGUCAAAGUACGCCAAAAAUCUUGAUACUCCUAAACGGUAACAACAAAUAUUAAAUAUACUUUUCUGAAAAUUAAAAAAACAAACCAAGUUUGCUUUGAAACAGGAUUUACCUGUUUACAAAAAAAAAUCCUCUUUUUUAACGUAACUAGAACCCAUUGAGCAUAUAUAUCUGUAUAUAUUUUGUUUCAGUUCCAAAAUUUUUGUCUUGUUUGUGGUACAAGUAUUUGAACUUUUGAAGUUCAACACUAUUUCUAUGCCUAAUUUGUCUGUAAAAAAUGGGAAAGAAUGUUGCAUCCUGACACCACUUUGUUAUCAUAUAUUAUCUCACUGAAGGUCAGUCAUUGCAAAAAUGUUAAAAAGACAUGAAUCUGGGACUGAGAAACAUUUCCAAUUUUGUUAGAAAAUACUUUGAAAAUGCACUCGACUCUCCAUUGACUUUAUGCACAACCAAAGAAGUGGUGUCAGGGUACUACAUUCUUUAAAAAAAAAGUUUUACAUGGUAUUUUGUUCACAUUUGAAAAAGUAUAUUGCCUGCGGCUUCCCCUUUAAGUCUUUCUUGAUUAACUUUUAUAUGAAAAGUUUGAAUAUAAUAUAUCAAUGAUAUAUUUUUGUACUGUGGUUCAUAUAGUGUUUUUUUUGUUUUGUUUUCUCACAAUUACUCGGGACAACAGCGUAUUCCAGUGUUUAUACAAAUAUGUCGGUGAAGGACAACACUCAAUAUUGCAGUUCAUCAUUUCUUUUGCUAUUAUGCCCAAUUGUUUGCCGCUUUUCUCCUUUUAAAGUACCUGAUAAAUGUGUAGAUUUGUUUUUUUAGUUCAUGUUUUGUGGUACAUGUUUUGUAGUACAUACUUUCGUUCUGGAAAUAAUAUUUUGCAGCUUUUGAAUUAUGAGGGCGUUAUAUUCAAUAUCAAAAAAUGAUAUGGGCGAGGUCAGUGAUGAUGGUGACGUUGCCCUGGUAACGCCACAUCCUCUUGUCACAUAUAGGCGUGUUUUUUUAUAUUUGUUAGAAUUAUGUAAUAAUGGAAUUAUCGGAGCUAAUAAAGUAUUCUUAAGACUUGAAA